AUGGAAACCACAGCGAGAGCAAAUAAAAAGGAUAUUCGAUAUGGGCCACCAAAAGAAGUGAAAUUGCCUAUCAGUGAAACACUUCUAGACUAUCACUGUCAAAUAAAGGAAAGUGUAGUAGAACGAUUCAUGGUUCAAAUAAAGAGACUCAGGGAAAAGAACCAAAAGUAUCAUGAAAGAAAUAGACGUUUAAAGGAUGAACAGAUUUGGCACAUACGGGACCUACUGAAGGAAUUGAGUGAGGAAGACAAGUUAAAAGGAGAAACGGUUGUAACAAGAAAGGAUGUUGAAACAGCAAUGAAGGAAAAGUGGAAGUUUGAAAGAGACCAGGAACAAAACUUGAAAGAUAUGCGAUUGCAAAUAAAUGACGCUGAGAAGCUAUUUCUUGAGAAGCUCAGUGAGAAGGAAUAUUGGGAAGAAUACAAGAAUGUAGGGAGUGAAAAACAUGCUAAACUCAUUAUCUCCUUACAAAAUGACAUCAAUAAAGUUAAAGAGAAUGCAGAAAAAAUGUCAGAACAGUAUAAAAUCACUCUGGAAGAUGCUAGAAAGAGAAUAAACAGAGAAACUUUGUUGCAACUGGACCAAAAGAAGGAAUGGGCCACACAGAAUGCUCUAACAUUCAUUGACAAGGGAAGCUAUCAAGAGAUCUGGGAGAAUGACUGGCUAAAAAGACAGGUUACAAAUCAAAGGAAGGAAGUUGAAAUAUUGGAAAAAGCCGUUCAUGAACUGGAAGAAGAAAAUUUGGUGCUCAUUGAUCAACUAUUCAACUGUAGACUUGUGGAUCUCAACAUACCCAGGCGACUAUAUCUUACCCAAGCUGCUGGACAGGAAAUGCCACCUGAAGAAAGGCCUGAGGAAUUGCCAGAAACACAUAUAGUAGAGUCAACUUCUACACAUCCUAUAGAAGUAAAAACUAGAGACACGAGAAGCUCAGCUGUUGAGAUCAGUGCUCUACAUCCUUGUCAUGAGGACAGCAUCAGACCUGGCCAGCAUCUGAAGACAGAUACAAAAGACAGCUCAAGUACAGAGUUCAGGGCUUCUGAUAUGAAGUACUUACUAUAUGAAGAUGAGCGGGAUUUCAAGGAUUAUGUAAAGCUGGGCCCCCUGGAGGUGAAACUCAUGCGUGUGGAGAGCAAGAAAAUGCCCAUUCAUUUUCAAGAGAUGGAAACUCCAGUAAAAUUCUACGAUGAUGCCAGGAACCCAGAAAGCCACAUCACAUAUAAAAUGAUGAAGUCUUUUCUCUAG